AUGAGUGCGCCGGAAACUGACGGGUUCACUAAGGUGACCCGCAAGAAGAGGCGUAAGGCUACGGACAGCCCGACAAGCGACAACCAGCCGCUAAACUCCGACGACGGAACGGAGACCGCGUCGGAAACUACGCUCUCAAGCGACUGCGAGUCCGACUCGCAGGCUAGCUCAGACGAGACGGUCCGAAGUGCCGUAUCCGUCACCGAGAUCCGCGAGUCGGUCGCUCUGCGCAAGCAGAACAAGCUGCUACUGAAGCAGCUUAAGGAGGCUCGCGCUGAGAACCGGCAUCUGGCGACCGUCAUCGAGUCGCUGGAGGCCACAAUCUCCCGAACCUUCGGGACUUCCGGCGCCCCUCCGGCGCCUGCCGCGCCAACAGCGCCUGCCACGCCAACAGCGACUUCCGAGGUGAUGGACACCACCACCGAGGAACCAACACCGGCACCACUCGCCCUACCAUCCGGGUCAAGCCCGGCAGCGUUCCCGUCCCUCGGCGAAGCGAGGAAGCGGCAGCCCGCCGUCGUCCCGAAACCGCCAGCGCCAAAGCCGCAACUACAUCAACAGCCGAGGCCAGCCACUGCAGCCCCCGGAAAAAAGGAGGUAAGUCGAAAGAUUCCUCCAUUAGUAGUAGUCGAAGACGUGGCUACUUUCAAAGUCACCAAGACAAACAUAUCCCGCGCCCUCCCCAACAACUACCUGAUAAAGAAAUCAGGUGGGUCUCACCAGAUCCUAACUAAAACACCCGAGGAUUACGCCACCGCCAAGAGGGUGCUCGUGGAGAACAACAAUAAGUUCUUCACAUACACCCUCCCAUCGGAUAAGACGACCAGCCUCAUCCUACGAGGCCUCGAUUCUACGUUCUCCCCUCAGGAGAUCGUCGAUGAAUUAAAAGCUCAGGGAGUCUCAAGCACCCUGAGCGCGAAACCCUUUGCCACCACCUGGGCAAAGAACAAUAAUGUGAACCUCGACUUGUGGUUGGUCACAUUUGAUGCAACCUUCAACGAGGAGCAGCUGCGCGAGGUGAAAGCCGUACAGCACAUGGUUGUUCGAUUCGAACAAACCCAAAAUAAACAAGUGCUGCAGUGCAAGAACUGCCAGCUGAGAACAUGGCAUCGAUUUCCUAGGAUUGCUAAUAAUGGACGAUUAAGUAAGAAAAGUAUCGCUAUCGCUAAGGCAACAUUUUGGGAAAACGCUCAAGAAUUUUCCAGAAACACCACUCUACACGCUUUGAAAUAUGUGGGCGACAGAAAUCUUAGCCCUUUUGAAAGAAUUUUCUUUUUCCUCGCAUUUGCAGUUGCCCUGUCUAUAGCGUUGUAUUUUAUAUCAAACAUGUAUGAGAAGUGGUCUUCGACGCCAGUGAUAAUAACUAACAGUGCAACCAGUACUUACAUUAGUGAGAUACCCUUCCCUGCUGUAACAAUUUGCAAUAUGAACCAAGCUCUGAAGAGCAAAGUUUCGGGAUUAACCGAAGGAACCGCAGCUUAUUCAAUUUUACAGUCUCUUUGUAACCGUGCAGAUAAAACUAAUACUACGACAAUUUCAAGCAAAUGGAAUGACUUCCAGGACUUCAUUCUACAAUCCACCCAAUCGUGUAAGGAUAUGUUCGUACUUUGUAAAUUUGCCACCCUAAAUUUCAACUGUACACAGUUCUUCAAAUCGGCACUAACAGAUGAAGGACAUUGUUGCACAUUUAACACGGUUGAUCCUGGUUUUAUGUAUAAUAAUCACAGCGAUUAUAAUCACAACGAAGGUUUUAUGCCAAAGGACUUCACCGCCAUAGAUUGGACGCCUGAAAGUGGAUACCCGAAGGAUCUUCCAAAAAAUAUCUAUCCAAGAACUGCAUCGGGAACAGGGUACACCAUGGGACUAACUCUCGUGAUGAAUGCUGACAUUGAUAACUAUUAUUGUUCGUCUAGUAAUGGCGCGGGCUUCAAAGUCCUUCUUCACUCUCCAGUUGAAGCUCCAAAUAUCGGCGAUCUCGGUUUCUCAAUCCAAGCCGGAUAUGAAACUCGAGCUGUGAUAACACCAAAUCUUAAUGACGCUUCCGUAACAAUUCGCGACAUGACCAAGGAUGUUCGCCAGUGUCUUUUUGAAUUCGAAGCCAACCUGUCUUACUUCAGGACAUAUUCACGACGAAAUUGUGAAAUGGAAUGUGAGGCGCGUCUAGUUGCAGAAAGCUGUAAUUGCAUCCUUUACUUUAUGCCCCGAAUUUUUCCGGAUAUAUCGAUCUGUGGAAUCAAAGACAAAGACUGUUACGAAGCAAUCAAUAUUAAGGUUCAAACCGCAAAUCUAGAUACCAACAACUGCAGCAAGGAGUGUAUGGCAGGGUGUUUUGAUUUGACAUACGAUGCUUCGACUUACGCAGCACCAAUUUUGGGUGGAUUAUUCGACGUUAGGCAGAGAAUCAUACAGAGGAUGUCACGAGAAUUUGCAGAGAAAAAUAUUGCCGUCGCGCAUUUUUACUAUAUCGAAAAUUCGUUUCGUAGCAGGACAAGGGAGCAAUUUGUGGGCUUUACUGAGUUUUUAUCUAGUACCGGUGGCUUGAUGGGUCUUUUUAUUGGGUUCAGUGUUAUUUCGGUUGUUGAGAUAAUAUACUAUGCCUCGUUUCGGCCAUUUUGUGCCAGCAAGAGAUACAAGGCGCAGUUCAGGCAGUCAAGAUCGGGAAGCGUCCAGAAAAGAAAACUGCCAUUUCAAAAUAUUCUUCGUGGAUUCUCGCAUAACAAGGUAACCAUCUUCGCUGAAGAUGAAAUAUACCCACCUGUAAGAAAAUUCCGCAAAAUGCAAGGAUUCGGGAAAGGCGAGGAGGCUUAUUUUAAUGGUGGCUAUCUGCCAUGA